ACUCAUUCAGAUGUUGACAGUCCACUAGCCACUAUAAUGCUGCUUCUGCCACUCUUGUUGUUUUUUCCUUUGUUGCUGAAGUUGAUGUUUGCCAUGCAAAACAGCGCACUCUAUCGAUAUCCAACAGGGCGUGCUUCGUUUGGUAAAUUCAAGUGCGAUCUCUUUCAUUACUUAUGGGAAGGAAAACUAUCAUCUUCCAUGGUGGAAGAUAAGCUGUCCUGCACUUGUCUUUGUGUUGGUGAGCCAAAGUGUUAUUCGUUUAACAUCGCUGCCAAUCCUGAUUCCAGUGGUCUUCAUCUGUGCGAGUUGUUGGCCACUGACAAGUACAGAGUGACCGACAAGCUUCAUGGAAAUAACACCUUCCAUCACUUUAGCCCAACGUCACCAUGUGAAAGCACUCCAUGCAAGAACAGUGAUAUCUGUGUUCCUGAGUACCAAUGGAACUCCUACCGCUGUGGGUGUAAGCCUGGAUUCCAUGGCAUUAACUGUGACAGAGAAGGAAGAACCUGCAGUGACAUCAAACGCUCCCACCCUAAGGCCCAAAAUGGUGAUUACCUCAUCGACCCUGAUGGAAAUGGUAAAGUGCAACCUUUCAGAGUCUACUGUGAUAUGACUGAUAAAGAUGGUGUUGGAGUGCCAGUUGUCAGUCAUGACAGUGAAAGCAGAACACUGGUGGAUGGGUUUAAGGAACCUGGAAGUUAUUUGCGCAAUGUCACUUACCAUGAAACAAAUCUUCGUCAGCUGGCAAGUCUAACAGCCUCAUCUGCUCACUGUGAGCAGUUUAUAAUGUACGAGUGCUAUGAUUCAAGGCUCUUUCGCAAGGAUCACGGCUGGUGGGUGUCACGUGAUGGAGAGAAGAUGAAGUACUGGGGAGGAGUUGAUUCUAUUGAUUACAAAUGCGCAUGUGGCUUGACCAAUACAUGUGCAGACCCUCAGGACAAAUGCAAUUGCGACAAAAAUGACAACCAAUGGCGAAACGACAGUGGUUUACUCACGGACAAGUCCAGGCUUCCUGUAAAGCAACUAAGGUUUGGAGAUACAGGCUAUUCAAGCAAUGACAGGGGAUACCACACCCUUGGAAAGCUGAAGUGUUUUGGACUCAAUUAAUUAAGACUCAGUCGUACAAAAUUAGAUCAUAACUGUAUACCCGAAUUUUUAAAUUCGCCUAAUGUAUCGCCAUAAAGCAACACACUAUCUGUUAAGGCACUGCUCUUUUCAAAGGAAUCCCAGGAUGGAUAAUGAUCAGUAGGGAGGUGAAAAACAGUUUAAUUCUGACAUAUAUCUCAUGUGUAAUAGCAUAUUAAGCAUAAUUUUGGGCGCCGAUCACGCAAUUUCAGUGCUUGUAGUUCUAAAACGGAGGCUCUUCAUGUUGUGAAAAGAAUUUGUAAAUGCAAUAUAUAUAUGUAGACCACAUAACGUAAAAAAAAAAAGAAAUACCCGAUCAUCAGUUGCAGAUUUGUACAAUGUUGUUUUACUUUAAAAUCACAAUUAACCAA